AUGUCAAAAAGAAAGAGAUAUAUACUAGAAUUGGGAUUUAUGGUUCUUUUUUUCGACAUUAUAAUUGAAUCCAAGUGUAACGAUGGUUGUGAUCUUGCGUUGGCGUCAUACUAUGUCGUGCAAGGAUCAAAUCUUACUUACAUAAGCAAGAUUUUCGCGCAACCAAUCCCUGAUAUUCUCAAUUAUAAUCCUAAUAUCUCAAGUAGUGAUAGCAUUGAAGCGGGAGCUAGAAUUAACGUACCGUUUUCAUGUUUAUGUCUUAAUGGUGAUUUUUUAGGCCAUACUUUCAAAUACCAAACACAAAUUGGUGAUACUUAUGGUAAAAUUGCUACAGAUGUUUUUGCAAAUCUUACAACUGAGUAUUGGAUACAACGGGUCAACUGGUUUGAACCGGCAUUUAUACCAGACUUUGUUGAUAUUAAUGUUACGGUGAAUUGUACAUGUGGCAACAAACGAGUGUCAAAGAAUUAUGGAUUGUUUUCAACAUACCCACUUAGACAAGAAGACACUUUGCAGUCCUUAGCUACAGAGUCAGGUGUCUCAACGAUGUUAUUAGAGCGAUUCAAUGUUGGAUCCAAUUUUAGCGCCGGAUCAGGGAUAGUCUUUGUGCCUACCAAAGCUAAUGUCCAUUUAAGUGCAACACCAAUAAUUCCCACUAGGAAGUUUCCAAUUUUGUUACUUCGAUUUUUUACAAUGAAAAUGGAAAGUAGGAUAAAAUCCAAGCUUCUAGUAUACCUUUUCGUGUUAAUGUUUGUUGGUCGUGCUGAAUCAAGUUGUAACGAUAACUGUAUUUCUUUAGCGUCUUAUCUCAUGUGGGAAAAAUCAAACUUAACAUUUGUAUCUCAAAUCUUUUCAACUACAAUUCCACAUAUUUUAACAUACAACCCUCAAAUCACAAAUGCAGACAUAGUCCAUGCCGGUUCAAGAAUCAAUGUCCCAUUUUCAUGUGGUUGUGAUGAUCGUGGUUUUUUGAGUCAUCGGUUUGUUUAUAAUGUUAGUUCCGGGAGCACAUACUCAUUGAUUGCAAAAACUUAUUAUUCUGAACUUACUACUGUAAAUAUGAUGAGGAAAUUUAAUAAUUAUGAUGAGUUAAACAUACCUUUAGGUGGUCAAGUAAAUGUUAUAAUUAAUUGUUCUUGUGGGAGUAGUCGUGUCUCUAAAGAUUAUGGAUUGUUUAUCACGUAUCCGAUUAGAAGGGGUGAGAAUAUUUCCACAAUUGCUAAUGAUACUGGGUUUAGUGAACAUCUUUUGAGGAAUUACAAUCCCGGAUCAAAUUUUAGUGAGAUGAAUUUGGUGUUUAUUCCUGGAAGAGAUCAAAAUGGAACUUUUCCGCCUUUAAAAUCAAGCACAAAGGGAUUAUCUGGUGCUGCCACUGCAGGCAUAUCUGUUGGAGCGGUUACUGGAGUUCUUUUCUUUGGCAUUUGCAUCUACCUUGGAUUUUACCGGAGGAGGAAGAUCGCAGAAGGUUCAUUGCUGGAUGAAAAUGGAACUGAGCAAAUUCAUGGUUCAGGUUUCAACUUGGGAAGAACUACAGAAUCAGGCCCUCUUAUUGGUGGUGCACAACCAGGAAUGACAGGUAUAACUGUGGACAAGUCAGUGGAGUUCUCGUAUGAUGAGCUUGCUAAGGCUACUGAUGAAUUUAGCCUGGAUAACAAGAUUGGUCAAGGAGGUUUUGGAGUUGUUUACUAUGGAGAACUGAGAGGCGAGAAAGCUGCUAUAAAAAAGAUGGAUAUGCAAGCUUCAAAAGAAUUUCUUGCUGAACUGAAGGUCUUAACACAUGUUCAUCAUUUAAACUUGGUACGUUUGUUGGGAUAUUGUGUAGAAGGAUCGUUGUUCUUGGUCUAUGAAUUUAUCGAGAAUGGCAAUUUGAGUCAACAUUUGCGUGAUUCAUCAGGGAGAGAGCCUAUUCCAUGGGCUACAAGGGUACAAAUAGCUCUUGAUUCAGCUAGAGGGCUCGAAUAUAUUCAUGAGCACACAGUUCCUGUGUAUAUCCAUCGAGAUAUCAAGUCUCCUAACAUUUUAAUCGAUGAAAACUUUCGUGCAAAGGUUGCUGAUUUUGGGUUGGCAAAACUUACAGAAGUUGGGAGUGGAUCUUUACAAACCCGUUUGGUUGGCACAUUUGGAUACAUGCCUCCAGAAUAUGCUCAGUAUGGUGAGGUUUCUCCAAAGGUUGAUGUAUAUGCUUUUGGAGUUGUUAUGUUUGAACUAAUAUCAGCUAAAGAAGCCGUCGUUAAGACAAAUGAACAUGUUUGUGAAUCUAAAGGGCUUGUUGGCUUGUUUGAGGAGGUUCUAAGUACGUCUGAUCCAGGCGAAGGUCUAUCUAAACUUGUCGACCCAAGGCUUGGAGCUGAUUACCCUCUCGAAUCAGUGCGUAAGGUAGCACUACUGGCUAGAGCUUGUACACAUGAUAACCCUCAAUUGAGGCCAAGCAUGAGGUCUAUUGUGGUUGCGCUAAUGACACUAUCAUCAUCGACUGAGGAUUGGGAUGUUGGUUCUUUCUACGAAAAUCAAGAGUUAGUUCAAAUGAUGUCCGGAAGGUAGUUUAAUUUUGUAAUUCGUCGUCGAUGCAGUUAUGCCACAUUAGCAUCGCGAUUACAUGACGUGCCACGUAUAUGAGACUAUGUCACAUAAGCAUUUGUUUUACUAUCAGAAUAUCAUUAUCUUGUAUAUUUCUCUUUCCCUAAGUCAUAUAAAUAGUAAAUCAGAGCUACACCUUCUUCUCCAGAACAUCAGUUGUUAAGUGCAUCCUUUGUUACUUCAAUUCUCAGUCUUGGUGGUAUCUGAGGUUGUCCAUGAAGUUGUGGGUUCAAGUUGUAUUGUAAACAAAUUGUAAAUAUGUAAAAAUUUGUGUGAUUA